AUGCCUCUGACCGACUUGCCCGAAGAUAAAUUGGAAAUGCCUGACCAGAUAACGGCAUGGCAGACUGCUCAGGACGGCCUAAACAGGUUGACCAAGUCGAGUUUUCCAUUGCCGGAACCAGGAAAGGAUGAAGUGUUGGUUGAAAUCCACGCGGUUUCUCUGAACUAUCGCGAUACUGAGGUUGCUAUGGGUCUAUAUACCCACCACAAGGCAAUCGGGUCUGCAAAAGUGGUGCCUUGCUCAGACAUGUGCGGCACUGUGGUUGCGGUCGGAGAUAAUGAGCCAGGUCAUUGGCAUGUUGGGGACCGAGUUUUAUCAAUCUUCAAUCAAACUCAUCUUACAGGACAGAUCAAAGAGCGAGACAUGGCAUCCGGUCUUGGCCUUCCACUUGACGGCGUGCUCCAGACAUAUCGUAUCUUCCCCGUCACUGGCUUAGUCAAGGCCCCCAAUUACCUCACUGACGAGGAAGCUUCCACCCUUCCGAUUGCGGGCGUGACUGCUUGGAUGUCCCUCAACGGUAUGAAGCCUCUCGACAAUGGACAUGGCGACCGACAGACCGUCUUGCUGCAGGGUACAGGGGGUGUUUCUGUCGCCGGACUUCAGAUUGCCCAUGCUGCAGGCGCCAAGACAAUCAUCACCUCGUCUUCUGAUGACAAGCUCUCCCGUGCCAAAUCACUGGGUGCCACCCAUACGGUUAAUUACCGGACGAAUCCUGAUUGGGAGCAUGUUGUUAUGAAAGCCACCGAGCAGGAAGGCGCCAAUGUCAUCCUUGAGACCGGCGGCGCGCAGACACUGAGGAAAUCCUUCGACUGUAUCUCGUUCGGCGGAGUUAUCGCUUGCAUCGGGUAUCUCAGCGGAAAGCAAGAUGAGCCAACUGAUCGCACGAAUGUGAAUGUCCUGGCUCUCCGUCGAACCGUCACGUUAAAAGGAAUCCUGAACGGGCCCAGAGACAGAUUCGAAGAGAUGUUGCGCUUCUACGAAACGAAGCAGAUUAGGCCUGUUGUGGACAAAGUGUUUUCAUUCGACGAAGCGAGAGAAGCUCUCCAAUACCUGUACGGAGGGGGACACUUUGGUAAGGUUGUCAUCCGCGUCAAGAGUUGA